GGAGCCGGCGAGCCCCGGGCGGGCGGUGCGGGAGCAUGGCCCCGGCGGGGCGGCUGUGCUGUGCCGCGCUGCUCUGCGGCGCCCUCAGCCUCUGCAGCCUGCGGGCCGCGCCGCGCCAGCCCGACACCCUCUACUUGUGGAUCGACGCGCAGCAAGCGCGGGUGCUCAUCGGCUUCGAGGAGGAUAUUCUGAUCGUGUCCGAGGGGAAGAUGGCCCCGUUCACCCACGACUUUAGGAGAGCCCAGCGGAGGAUGCCCGCCAUCCCCGUCGGCAUCCACGCCAUGAACUUCACUUGGCAGGCAACGGGACGGGCCGAGUACUACUACGAAUUCCUGUCUUUGCACUCUUUGGAUAAAGGCAUAAUGGCAGAUCCAACUAUAAAUAUCCCCCUGCUUGGAACAGUUCCUCAUAAAGCGUCAGUUGUUCAGGUUGGAUUUCCUUGCCUUGGAAAACAAGAUGGGGUUGCUGCAUUUGAAGUGAAUGUGAUCAUAAUGAAUUCAGAAGGCAAUAUUAUUCUCCAGACUCCUCAAAAUGCCAUCUUCUUUAAAACCUGUCAGCAAGCGGAAUGUCCAGGAGGAUGCAGAAAUGGAGGCGUUUGCAAUGAAAGACAUGUCUGUGAAUGUCCUGAUGGAUAUUAUGGGCCUCAUUGUGAGAAAGCACUGUGUGUUCCUCGCUGCAUGAACGGCGGGCUCUGCAUCACACCCGGCCUCUGCAUCUGCCCCCCGGGGUUCUACGGCAUCAACUGUGACAAAGCAAACUGUACAACAACCUGUUUCAAUGGAGGGACGUGUUUCUACCUGGGAAAAUGCAUUUGUCCUUCAGGCUAUGAAGGAGACCAAUGUGAAAUCAGUAAAUGCCAUCAACCCUGUCGAAAUGGAGGCAAAUGUACUGGUAAGAAUAAAUGCAAGUGCUCCAAAGGCUACCAGGGAGACCUGUGUUCAAAGCCUGUUUGUGAACCCAGCUGUGGCCUGUACGGCACCUGUGUGGAGCCCAACAAAUGCCAGUGCAAAGAAGGCUGGCAUGGGAGACACUGCAAUAAAAGGUACGGAGCCAGCGGCCUGAGCGCCCUGAGGCCAGCAGGCAGCAAGCACAGGCAGCACACGCCUUUGCCGAAAAGUGCCGAGGAGAAGCAUGGUCCACCCGAAUCCAAUUAUAUCUGGUGAACUCCAACAUCUGAAAUGGUUCGUGUUACACAAAGUUCACAGCCUUCAUUAACCUCUCGUGGAUUGAAUGUUAAAAUGCUGUUCAUUACAGUUAAGAUUACCGGCUGGAAUUUUAUUAGCUUCAUUAUAAACCAUUGAACUGACACUUACUAUUCCUUUUAAGUUUUAUAAAUACUUCUCUAGCAUGAUUAUAUAGGCUUCUUCUCUCAGUGCUUUGGAUGGUGUUUUGUACUAUACUUCAGUUACCUUUAAACUUCCUUUUUUGGUUAUAUAGCUGCAAAUAUUGUCCACAAAUUAAGUAACAAUAUUCAAGCAGAAAACCCUGUAGAUGCCAAUCCUGAAUUAUUUCAGUGACUACAGAUUGUAAUCUGCCUAAGACAAAAGAAAGAUGCAUUUUGCAAACUUUUACAAAUCACGUACUUAGAAUUUUCCCUAAGAAAAACAAACAAACAAAUAAAUAAAUAAGUUACUUAAUUUAAAAACUGAAACUCAAUUCAAUGUUAUUUUUCAUUUUACAGUUUUGUGUAUUACAAAGAAACUACAGUGCUGCCAUUUAACCAACAUAAUAUAUUGUAAACAAAGUAGAGCUAUAAUGUAUGAAGUUUCUGCAUCAGCUUGAAGCAAUAUAAUAUAUUUUAAACAGAACAGCUCUUAUGUAAUAAACUUUUUAUACUGAUGCUUAUGUAUAAAAUAAAGAUGCUGCUUUAGUUUUUUGA